CCCAUCGCAAGCUCAUCCUGUCUGAGGACCUGACCAGCGUGAGACACGGAGACACACGGCAGCGGCUCCCGGACUCCCCGAAGAGGUUUGAUCCCUGUGUCUGUGUCCUGGGGUCUGAGGGCUUCACAUCACGGAGACAUUACUGGGAGGUGCAGGUGAACAACAAGUCACAGUGGGAUGUGGGAUUGGCCCGAGUGUCUGUCAACAGGAAAAUAAUAAACACACUGUCACCAGAGAACGGAUUCUGGGUUGUGAUACUGAGAAACGGGGAUGAAUAUAAAGCUUGUACCUCACCUCCCACCCCACUGACCAUGGGCGAAAGACCCAGGAAGCUGGGAGUUUACCUGGACUAUGAGGGAGGAGAGGUGACAUUUUACAACGCUGAUAACAUGUCUCAUCUCCACACUUUCACCCAGACUUUCACUGAGAAACUUAAUCCUUUCUUCGGUCCCGGUUUGAAUUAUGGCGGCAAAAACUCUUACCCUCUGAGGAUCUGCCAAGUGACAGAUUAAUGAGAAGGAAAUCCUCAGCCA